AUGGUGACAAGAAAGAGGGAUGCCACAAUCGAUGUGGCAAGUAUGUUCAAGGACGUGGAGAUGAAUGUGUCACUCUUGACUGCGUUAAAGAUGCCCCCGAUUAGCAAAUUUAUUAAAGACUACCUGGCAGGGAAGGUCAAUGAGGAAGGUAGAAUGAUUGUAGAUGAGAAUAUCUCUGCCGUGAUCCAGCGGAGUGAUCUUCCUUCAAAGAAGACCGACCCAUGGAUGUUCAUUCUCCCGAUUUCAAUCGGAGAUAUUCAAGUAGAGCACACGAUGUGCGAUCUCGGGGCAUCCAUCAAUGUGCUUCCAUAUGCUAUCUAUGAAAAGCUAGGAGCGGCCAAGCUCAUUGACACUGACAUAAUCAUCCAGUUGGCCGACAGAUCGUGUAUUCACCCUAAACUAAUUUUGGAGGACGUUAUUGUGAAGGUGAAUAAUUUUCUGUACCCAGCCGAUUUUUUCAUAAUCAAGAUAACGGAGCCAGUAGCAAGGGAGUCGAGUGGAGUCCUACUGGGACGGCCAUUUCUGUCUACGGCCAACACCAUUAUAGACGUCCGUAAUGGGAGGAUAAGCUUGGACUUCAAUGGAAAACAAUUCACGUUCAAUAUAGAUGAAGCCAUGAAGAGGCCAGCCGACAACGAGAACAUAUACUCGGUAGAUGUGACGAAACCCUUAGUAUAG